UACUUCAGAUUUUGGUGGAUAUAGAGUUUACAAUCGAAGGUGGUUUAUGGUUGGUGUGCUUGGGCUCCUCAAUUUUUCCAAUGCAUUGUCUUGGUUAAGUUUUAGUCCAGUUGCUAACCGUGCUGCAGAGUAUUAUGAUGUUAAGUCAUCGCAAAUCGAUUGGCUAUCUACAGUUUUUAUGAUUGUAUGUCUUCCAGUUGGAUUUUUGGCAAUAUAUAUUCUAGAUACAUUUGGAUUAAGAUCAGGGAUUAUUAUAGGAGCAACUACCAACUUUCUCGGGCUAGGAGUCCGCUAUUUAAGCACCUUUGAUUUCAUACCAACGGAUCAACACAUUCCCUUUAUCAUCACAUUUGUCGGGCAGUCUUUUUGUGCCAUCGGGCAGCCAUUCCUGAUGUUUGCACCUACAAAGCUAGCUGCUUUGUGGUUUGCUGGCGACCAACGAGCCGUCGCAAAUAUGAUGGCAACAAUGCUGAAUCCGCUUGGGCUGCUCGGUGCCAAUAUUUUGUCACCGUUAAUUGUCAAGCAUUACAAGGACAUCCCAUUAAUGCUUCUUGUGUACAUGAUUCCUGGAGCUGUUGUGUUCGUGUUGAGUGUGUUUGGUGUUUGUAGCUCAGUGCCGCCCACUCCUCCAUCAGCCAGUGCCGCUCAAGUUCAUGAAACAUUUUUGCAGGGUCUGAAGAAGAUUGUAAGAAUAAAGCCAUACAUCAUUUUGUGCAUCAACUUUGGAGCUGGUUUUGGAUUACUUAGUGCAUUACUUACUGUUCUUCAACAAGUUCUGUGUGUUAGAGGGUACUCAGAUACAUUUUCUGGGUACUGUGGAGCAGCUAUGAUUGGUUGCGGAAUCGUUGCCUCAUUUUUUUCUGGUCUUUAUGUAGACAAGACCAAGAAAUUUGAAGAAGUGACCAAGAUAUUUUUCUCUUUAGCCAUUAUCGCCUUUAUGAUAUUUUCAGUAAUUUCAACAUUUAGUGGUAUGGAAGAUGCAAUCUUUGCCUGCUGUGUAUUGUUUGGUACUUUUGGCCUGGCCCAGUAUCCAAUAGGUCUAGAGUUAGGUGUGGAGUGUACAUACCCUGUGGCUGAGGCAACAAGUGCUGGCUUAAUAGCCCUGUCUGGUCAAGUACAGGGUAUUAUCUUCAUGCUGUUUAACGUGUAUUUACCAUCAGAAGAGAUCAGUUCUAACCAAACAUGUACUGAUGAUAAAUAUGAGAAAGUCAAUGAUUUAACUAGACCACUUUUAAUCUGCAGUGGAUACAUUACAUUCACUUGUAUUAUGUUUGUCACCUUCUUUAAAACAAAGUAUCUGCGUCUUGAGGCUGAACAACGAUGUGGAGCAAAUAAUAUUCUGAACUACAACACGGUUGCCAACUACCGACAUCAGCCUGUAAAUGACUAAAGUAUGAAACCUGUCCAACUCGGACAGCGUUGUACGACACAGCCCAACGCGACUUAUCGUCUGAGACAAUCUGUACGUCAUCGUGAGUAUAUUAAGGGUGUACUAACAGUCAAAAUACAGGAUAAUACCUCAAAAAUAUAAAAAAAAUUGAAUAGCUUAUUUUAAAGAAUCAAAUUAUUAUCUUCCACCAAGAAACAGAUUGAAAAGAAUUUGUUUUCACUGAUUUAAAGACAUUUUACUAAAAAAAUCCUUAAAUUGGCUGGUAGUUUAAAUGAGCUAUUCAAAUUUUUAUUUGAAUUUUUGACAUAUUUUCCUGUCUUAUGGCUGAUAGUACAUCUUUAAACAUGUUUAAUAUUCUACAGCGUGACCGGCCCCAACACAGACCUAUCAUGUCAGUGUUUUACUCACACAGAUCCAACACAACAACAGUGUUGGGCUUCACUGUGUCAUGUGUAAUUUUUCUGAAUUUAAGUGUUGCUGAAUUAAUAUUAAGAAUUAGAAAUGGACAUAGUUUUUAAAGUAUGUCAAGAGUUUAUUGUUUCUAAAUUGUUUCUAAAAGUAAUAUAUAUAUUUUAAAUUUACCUUUGAAAAGAUAACUUAACACUUCAGUGUCGCAUAUCGCAUGUGCAACACAGGUGUAGACACAUAUAAUGAUGCAAUUAGACUGUGUGUAAGAUUUGUCGAAUUCCAUUUUUGCUACUAAUUAUUUUGUAUUUCAAGUGAGAAUACAAAAAUCUUGGGUGUGAAUAUAACACAUAACAGCAAAGAUAUGGCAAAAUCCAGCCUAUCACUGUUUUUGUUACUCAAGGAAGAGUCUCCUUCAUCUACUGUUAUUAUUAAAGCAAACGUUUACUUAGAGUGUUUUGUAAAUAGAAUAUUUUAUGGUCUAAUCUAAACACAUUUUGUUUGAAAGUAAUUGUUGUUUCCAACAAGGAUGAAAUAAGUAACAUACUGUAGGCGAGACUUUUUUUACACCUUCUUUCGCAAACUUGUUUUUUUUAGAGAUCGUCAGAGGAGGACCAAAAAAACAUUUUAACAAAUUUUUAUUUUCUUAUUUAGCAAAUGGU